ACCUCCUUCUUUGCAGCCUCAAUCAUUGCUCCUCUUUCUCUUACUACAUUUCUCUCUCUACAAACAAACCACUACUUCCCUUCUCUCCAUCCCCAUUCCACUGUUCAAAUAUAUUAUACUUUAGUGCAGGAUCCCGUGAAGAAACAAAAAUCAAUCUCUUAUUAUCUUCGUUCAGAAAAGAAAGGAAGGAAGAGAAUUUUGUUUGACUCUUGAAGGAAGGAAGAGAGGGGCGGCGUUUCUUGAUUGGAGGAGCUUAAUUAAGUAUCUUUGAAAUGGUUUUCAUGUCUGGGAUUUUGUUAACAGAGGAAGAAAAAAUUGAGGAAGGAGAGUGGGAGAAAGAGAGAUAAGAGGAGAAAAAUACCCAGCAACCAGAAGCAGAGAAAAUAUAAAUAAGAGGAUUUGAACUUCUGUUUUUUUUAAUCUGCUUCUGCGGGUGGUUGGCAACGAUGUCUGCGACAAUGAUCAGUGAUCCGAUGGUGAUAGCAGCACCGGCAGAAACUCAAUCAGCAGCGAGCAUAGUAUCCGAAGUGGAAUUCGCCAUAUGCGACUGCUGCGGACUAAGAGAAGAGUGCACAAUCGGGUACAUAGAACGAAUCAGGGAGCGUUACCACGGAAAAUGGGUUUGCGGUUUGUGUGGUGAAGCCGUGAAGGACGAGAUUGUGAGGUCUGAGAGGCUCCUAAGCACCGAAGAAGCCAUGACUAAACACAUGAAUUUCUGCAAGAAGUUCAUCACUUCAGGGCCUCCAACUAACCCAACCGUGCAUUUGAUCUCUGCUAUGAGACAGAUUCUUAGGAAGAGUCUUGAGAAUUCUCCAACAAGAGUAAGAUCCAUGCCAACUAGUCCUACUACUAAUAACAACAAAAGUGGCAGAGAACUUUCUAGGUCUGAGAGUUGCUUCUCUACUCUGGCAGCUGGAUCAUGACGAUGGAAGAAGAAGAAAAAAAGAGACAACAGAAAAAGGAAAAUGAAUGAAUGAUGUAUUUUGAUUGGCUAAAAAUUAAGCAGAUGGGAACAGAAAUAAAAUUAAGAGAAAAGAAAAAGGGCUUAAAAGCUUUCAAUACAAGAUGUUUAAUUGUAGUUAUGAAUUAGUACUUUCAAUCUGUUGUUUAGAAAUUUGAACAUGGUUUUGGUUAAAAAUUAUUCUGCCGGCUAA